AAAAGAGGAGAAAUUCGUCCGUCCACAUGGCAGGAUUUUGUUGGCUGACUUCUUCCACUUUUUCUUCUUCUCCGCGGAUGAGUUCUUCUCCGCUGCUUUCUUGAAAUCUGAGCCGGAGGAGGACUUCUCCGUCUACUACUCCAUCCAAUGCGUCCGUCCAGUGCAGGUGCUCUUACGGAGUAGUUAUAUGCCGGGUAAAAUCGCAAUCCUGAUAGAUCUAUGUCUCGAUCAACUACUUCCAGACAGAAAAUGGGAGGAGGAGGAGGAGGUAAGAGUGGCAGCAUAACGAUUGGGAGAUACGAAUAUGUACACGAUGUUGGCAAAUGGCCCAUUGAAGCCAUAGACGCCUACCAUGUCAUGCUCUCAGGAAGCACAUUACUUAAGGCUUCAAUUUUAUUCUCCUUUCUUAUUUUUCUUCUUCCAUCGGCGGUCUACAUCUGCUCCAUACUUGUACAUGUCAGGUCAAUCUCUGCUCUUUUUUACAGCUUGCUCAUAGGGGCAUUUCUAAUUGGGAUGUACCUGAAGCUAGUUGUGAGAGAGUCAGUAAUAAUUUUGCCUGCUUUUGGAGUUCAGAUUGAGACUCGAUACCGAAGUUGGUCUGGAAAUGGCUGAUGCAGUACUUCAAAUCUUCAAUAACAGCGGGAGAAUAAAUCGACAGUUUGUGCCUUUUAGCAAGAUUUUGAAGCCUGUCCUGAAUGAAUGUGUGACUCCCAUUACUUGUUACUGGACACUGUCUCUCAUCAUUCAUGGAGAAGACCAACUUUGUUUAGUUUUCAAGGAGUUGCGCCCUCCGGUGAAAAUGUUAGUUCCUAUUUGGAAGGCGUUAUCUGCUUCCAUUGAAUGUGGAGACUGCAAGGAGGAGGCAGUACACUAACUUCACUCUUUUCUCUCCAUGAUCCCCAUGCUGAGUUGUUCUCUACAACUACUAACUACUAGCAGAUUCUUUGAUUCAAGAAAGAAAGGAUGAACCCCCUCCCUUGGGUCCUCUCAAGGACCGGCCGGAUAGUUACUUGGAAGGAGGUCAGUUGUGAAGAUCUUUUACUUAAUGUACAAUUGAUUCAAGAGAUUUUGGUGGAAUUAUGUAGAGGUUACUCUUUUGAUGCAAUUAUGAAGAGAUUUUUCAUGUAUGAUUGAGGUUAGAUUUUUUUUUGAGGUUAGAAAUUUAAGGUAAUUGCAUCACAUCAUAUAUAGUGGGAACAAGUUUUAGGAUGG